AUGGAAGAGCGACACAAUCAUAUGGAAACAGCACAUACAGCAGAAUGUUCGAUAUGCAAGAAGAUCUACACUAGUUCAUAUUUAAAGGAACAUAUGACAUUCCACUAUGAGUCAUCUCGUGUGACGUGCAACGUUUGUUCCAAAGUUUUCUCCAGUAUUAGUAACUUACGCAAACAUGAGAAAAAACAUGAAAAUCGUGGCAUUCCAAUCCGGGACAAGAGGCGUUUGUUCAAGUGUUCUGAGUGUCCGGAGACUUUUCAAACACAAAAGUUCUUAGAG